UAGUACUACACUUCAAUUUACACCGACUUUUCACGUGAAAUAUCAUUGGUAUCAGUUAAUUUUAUGAUUGGACAUUGAAUACUUCUAAAGGUCUCUGCUUCUUUCAUUUCAUACAUAUUUAAGCGACCGAUUGUCGAUUUAAGCAAUUUUGUAAAGUAUAUCAGUUUUCGGAAGUCAACCGGUAUUCGGAUACGACAUGUCAGCGGAAAAGAAGCGAGUUUACGUCACCAGACGGAUACCAAAGCCUGGUCUUGACCGUCUAACGGAGUUAGAAAAUUGCGAGGUUGAAAUUUAUGACAGCGACGAAGCGAUCCCUCAAGAAGUUUUACUGGAAAAGGUUAAGGGUGUCAACGGACUCCUUUGUAUGCUGACUGAUAAUAUUAACAAGGAUGUCCUUGAUGCUGCAGGUGAUAAUUUGGAGGUGGUCGCCACAAUGUCCGUGGGGUUCGAGCAUAUUGACGUAGAGACGUGCAAGGAACGCAAGAUCCGCGUCUGUAACACUCCCAACGUCUCCACCGACAGCGUCGCCGAGUUGACGGUAUCCCUACUCCUACUGACCGCGAGACGUUUAUUGGACGGAGUUGCAGCUGUGAAGAAUGGCGAAUGGGGGAAAUGGAAGCCUAUGUGGCUGUGUGGCAUCGAGCUGACGGGGCGGACUGUCGGUAUACUGGGGUUGGGGCGUAUAGGUUACGGCGUCGCACGACGUCUAAAACCGUUUGGUAUCAAACAGAUCGUCUACCAUGACGUCUGCCAAGUCAGCUACGCCGACGACAUCGGCGCCACGUUCGUUGAGUUCGAUACUAUGGCUAGGGAGUGCGACAUUAUUUGCAUAUGCUGUAAUCUUACACCGCAAACGCGACACAGGUUUAACAAGAAAGUUUUUAGUAUGAUGAAAAAUGAGGCAAUCUUGAUCAACAGUGGCCGCGGCGGCGUCAUAAACCACGACGACCUUUUUGAUGCGUUAAAAGAGGGCCAAAUAUUUGCAGCGGGACUUGACGUCACGGAACCUGAACCGCUGCCGUCGAAUCAUCCCCUCGUUGCGUUACCCAACUGUAUAAUCUUGCCACAUAUGGGAUCCAACACGUGGGACAGCCGGAACAUGAUGUCGGCUACCGCCGGCGAGAAUGUCGUCAAUGUUUUCAAUAAGAAAGUCGCCGUCGGGGAUGUAUACAGCUGUUAAGUCUGUUAUCAGAUGUCGGCUGGUGUUGAUUAUAAAGAGUUCACGAUAAAGCAUUUUGGACUCGGGCGCUUAAUGAUCACUGUUGUUUUCCGUUUCCGAUAUCUACUAUUAUACUGUUUUGGCAACAAUUAUAGCGGUUAAAAAAGUCCCGUAUAGUUAACAUCCGACGAGGAGAGUUAUGAAAAGUCUUGAUUAUAUUCUUACUCCUUAAAAUUUUACAGUUCACCGGUUGAAAUCCGGCGACGUGGAUUACGUUAUAUUAAUGAUUUAUAUAAAAAACUGUUUUGUAAAGUGAAAUUUAAGAACAUUAUAUUUAUAUAAUAGGCAUUAUUGUUUAAAGCUAUAUGUACCUAUGAUAUUUUAAAACAUAUUUACUCACAUGGGACGGAUUGUUCAGAACUUUGUUAAAAUUAGCGUCACCAUUGUUAUUUGUAGAAUCUCUACUGCUCUUGUACUUUUUAUGGACAACAAAAUUCGAGACGUCUGUUUCACUGUUUCAGCUUUCCUUGUUUUAUUGAAAUAGAUGAGCACAUUAACAAAUAUUUCACGUUGAGAGGUUAACAACGUUGUCGUCAAUUCUGUUGUUAACUUUCAAAAAAUUCUGAAAAAUCGGCCCAAUGUGUCAUUGUCGGGAAGAAAAAAUGAUGAGCUCUUUUUUGUACCGGACAAGCAUAAAGCUCCUGUAAAUUAGGCACUUUUUAUUAAGUAUGAUAGAUUUACUCUAUCUAUUGAACAAAUAUUUACAAAAAACGCAUUUAAUAGUUGUUUUCUUUAGAGUAUAGGUUAACCUCAGCAUGCAUUAGCCGAAUUUAGAUUUAAGUCGUUUUAUCACGUAAGCAUUGGUGUUUGUUUUUGCUUUAAGGUAUAUUAUUUUUUUAGAUUUUUAGAUUUUUAUUUUUGUAUUGUUUUAUCCUAUUAUUUUAACAUUUAUUAUUUAUUUUUGCGGUGAAGUUAUAUGACAAGCCGUAAGUCCGACAUGAUUAUUACGUGUACUAGUUCAGCAUUUUGAUUUUUAUUAUUUUACUUGAGCCUUCUGUAAAAUGGCAGUGCUUUUCAGUACUUUUUACUCAUGUUCAUACACAUAACUGUUUGCUUAAAAAUCAGCAUUUUACUUUAAUAACUUGUCUUGUUUGCUGUAAAAUCAGCAUUUUUCUUUAAUUACUUGUCUUGUUUGCUAUAAAAUCAGCAUUUUACUUUAAUACUCGUAACUAUUGAAAUACUAAAUAUUUUCCAUGAAAUUAAGGUCCCUAGCGUCGGGGGUGGGGGUCGGGGUGGUGUUUCAUCAUGCAUCCUUAUAGAAGCAGUUAUGAACCUAGAGAAGGAUUUAAAACAGUGCAGCCUUGCUAUUGAAAAGCUUCUAUGGUGCGAAAAUCCUUGGAUAUGAAUGGUAUGAUCAUUGGAUCUAAAAUCAAUAGGAUAACAUUUAUAAUGUAUAACUAACAUUCUGUUAUUGUUUUCAAAACAAUACUCAUUGGAAUGUAAUUCUAUUGCCAAGGUCAAAUUGUCAUGAAACUUCAAUGUUAACACUCACGUCUCCCCUGAUUCCAUUGCCAGACGGAUUCUGGUUUUAAUCAUUUAGAAAACUCCUAACGAAACCGUGAAUUGAGAAUCUGAUUUUAAUUAGAUGGGUUCAUUGUAAUUUUACAUUUAAUACAAUGUUAAGCUUCUAAUCUGACAUGGUAUACUCAGUUUUGUUUAAACCCUGGAAAGUUUCUCGUGUAUCGGUGCUUAACAUCGAGCACGUUAAAGAACCAUGAGGUCUCUUCACGAAGAGCUGGGGUAUCGCGCCCGGAUUUCUUGUAUCUCACUCUGUUUCUUGAAGUCUUCUAUUUUUUCUCGUGUUACUUAUGGCAUUUAAACCUAAGUUAAUCCGUCACGGCGGGGUCAGCCAUAAUACGGCCUAUAGGCGCUGGCAGACGUUGAUAAAGACACAAGAACAAGAAACUGUGUAGUUAACGUGCAUAAAAUCAAAGCGCUUAAAGCGUUGAAAGGCUGUCGGUCUGUUGCGUCGAUAUUAAAAAAAGAGUUUUCUACGAUUUUUAUUUCGCAAUUACUUAAAAAAAUAUAGCUUAAUCGCACGAUAUUAAUCGGAGAACAUAUUACGAAUAUUCAAUACACUGGUACUUUUAGUAAGCUACUUAAAAUGCAGACCGCUGUCCGUAGCUACUACAGCAUAUUGGUUGCCAUGCAAUUUAGAUGUAAUUGUUAAUAUUAAUAAGGUGGUACACCACCGCAGUUCGAACAGCGGUGGGGUUCAUACGCCCGUGCGCACAUUCGUCAACAGUUAAAAAUGUUAUGUCUAAAUGACGAUGGUAAAUUCCGAGAUAGGGUUAUAAAAGUAUGCAGGCCUACAACCUAAAAUCUGUUCUGUUCUGUUAUGUUCUGAUAAACGUAAAUGAACGAAUCUGACAUGAUAUUUGGACAUUUAAGGUUUUCGUUUUUACUAGGUGAUACACAAAAAUACACGGAAAACAAUUGUAUUUGGACUUAAACAAAUUGCUGAACGUUUUAAGCUCUUUAUGCAAAACAACUAUCUGUUUUACCAAUAAAACUUGGUAUGAUUUCCAUAAGCAUAAUAUCAUUUGUUAUGGAAGCAAGUUCUGCCAUGUUGAAAAUCGCUAUGUCGAAUUCUCUUAUCUCGAUGUUCUGGUUAUGUCGAUUUUUUUGUUUCGUUUUACACCUUUUGUAUAUAACGGUUAUAUCGAAUGCUCGUUAUCUCGAAGUAUUUCCUUCUGUCCCAAUGACUUCGACAUAGGAAGUUUAUUGCUUACUGUAUUGUUAGUUUCUUACUGAUAUAAACCAUAUUUAUUUAUAUAUUUUAAAUGCAUUUAGACUUUAAUCCACCUCGCCAUACAUAAUGCUUUAUUUUCGAUAAAUGUACAAUCUAUGGUUUUUGUCUUUUAAUUAUUUUGUAAUGAUAUAUUAUUGUCUGCUAUCAUUGUUAACGUAUUUUACGAGAAAACAAAUAGUUGAAAGGUUAAUCAAUCGUUGAGUAUCCAUAUUUGCAUAAUUUUAUUGGUUUUCAUAAAUUUAGAGUAUGAAGUUGAUUUUUUUUUUAUAUUUUAGUUAUGCCUGCAGUUGUAUACUUUAAAAAUAAAACAUGUGUGUCUUUAAAGACCUGAAAUAAAUUAUAUGUUUGUAUACAUGUAUCGUACCAUGGUCUAUUGAAAUAAAACAUGUGUGUUUUUUAAGACCAGAAGUAAAUUACAUGUAUAUAUGCAUGUGUCUACCAUGAUCUAUUGCUUUAUCUUUAAUGGUGUUUGUUUUAAUUGUAUAAGUAUUCUAAUAUGUCGGAAAGUAGCUCAUUGAGCUAAUGUUUAUUGUUAACGUAUACCCGACUUUAAAUAAAGAUUCUUGUAUCUUGUUAAACAGUACAUGUCUUUCACUUGAAAUGUUGUUAACAAGUACCACCAAUUAAGGGAUCUGACCCACAGAUAAGCUAGUUGUCUGAUAAUUCUAUAAACCUGAAUAAUACAAUUUGAUGGCUGGUGACCAAAUGCAUUUUUAGCAUCAUUUGAAAGGUAUUUGCUAUCUGUGGUAUUCAAUACCAAUCUUAAAAAAUAGGGUCAUUUAUCAUUGGCUCCAUUUACUGUAUAGGUUCGUUAUUUAUAUCAAACAAUCCGAUUAGUUACAUCGUUCCUAGAAUCAAUUGAGACCAGUGUUGAAUACCACCCAUGAUAACUAAUUUGUCAAAUUAAUAACCGAAUGUGCAUCAUGCAUAAACGGUAUAAUAGUUUGUAUAUUUGCUGAAAUCCGACGUCAAUGACAUUUUUUCCAAUCUUUGAAGCCCAAAACAAAACGUGUUUGUUAUAUUAUUUUCGGUAAUUUUAAAAGAGAGUCUGAUAACAAAACUCUUUCAACGAAUUCAAAAUAAAAUUGUGUUCCCGGCAGCCAAAACAAUAUUUUGUUUACUGGCAGCCAAAAUAAUAUUGGGUAUCCCGGCAGCCAAAAGGUAUUUGGUAUACCGGCAGCCAAAAUUAUGUUUGCUCUCCAGGCAGCCGAAAUUAUAUUGGGCUUACAGGCAGCCAGCAUUAUAUUGGGUCUCCCGGCAGCCAAAUCAUAUUUGGUACUCGGCAGCCAAAAUUAUAUCGGUUCUCCAUGUAGCCAAAAUUAUAUUGAGGUGCCAGGCAGUCAAAAUUCAGAUAUAUGUGGGUCCGAUUCCUUAUUUAAUGCUACCAGUUUCUAAAUUAUUUAUGAUAUAUUGUUGUUCUUUUCCCUUUGUAACAGUGACCACUGAUAAAUGAUGAAAUUUUAA